CACCUUGUGACGUCCUUUUCAUGAGCCGGAAGUACAACAAUCCAACACUGAUGACUGUCAUGACAAACCAAAUUUCUGUUUAAAAAACACACCCAGCGAGGCAAAGCACGGUAAAGAAGAGUGAUGUCAUUCUGUGCUGGAUUCAUUGAAAGAGCUCUGGUGUUUACUUGCAACGCGGCCAGUUCGCAAGCCAACUCCCUUCUCUGUUGUGUAUUCGUUGUUCUCAUUUUAUUUACUUCAGUAUAAGCAAGUUCGUCAUACUGUCAGAUUUCUCAGGCCUAACCUUGAGUGUCUUUCCUCGUAUGUGUCGACAGAUACUGAGGGAAGUCUGCAUAAAAAAAUAAAAGAUGCACGGUCGAGUCAAGGUUAAAUCCACCGCCCAGCAAGAGGAGGAGAAAAGAAAGGAACGUGAGAAGAAACUGAAGAUAUACACAGCGGCAAGGGAUGCUUGUUUUUCCAAGAGGAAGGAGGGCGUUUGUGAUGAAGAGGCCCUCCACUUGACCCAGCAGCUACUAUCAUCUAAUCCUGACUUUGCAACCCUAUGGAAUUACAGAAGAGAGAUCCUUACGCAUCAGGAGACUGUCAAAGAUGAGAGUGAAGUGCAAAAGAUGUACGAGUCUGAGCUGUCAUUUCUGGAGUCCUGCCUGAAAGUGAACCCGAAGUCUUACGGCAGCUGGCACCAUCGAAGCUGGAUCUCGGAACGCGUACCUCAAAUGGACUGGUCCCGAGAGUUGAGUCUGUGCGAUCGCUGCCUCAGCCUCGAUGACCGCAACUUCCACUGCUGGGAUUACCGCCGGAUCGUUGUGAAGAAGUCUGCCGUUCCUGUAGAAAAGGAGUUGGAGUUUACACAUCGUUUGAUUGGCUCCAACUUUUCCAACUACUCCAGCUGGCAUUACCGCAGCACCCUACUGCCAUUGCUCCACCCAGAGUCUCCUGAAGUCACCUCAUCUCCGCCCUCACCACAAACACACUCGCAUCGUGUGUGUGAAGAACAGCUACUCAAAGAAUAUGAGCUUGUGCAGAAUGCUUUCUUCACCGACCCCAAUGACCAGAGCGCUUGGUUCUAUUACCGUUGGUUGCUGGGCAGAGCUGAGCGUGAAGAGAUGAUAAGCUGUGUUUAUAUCGGCCGUGAUGAGGAAAGGGUGGCCGUUGCCUUCUCAAGGCCGGUCAAUGCACAGUCUGGUGGCCUUCUGCUGGUGCUUGACGGUCAGCCACAGAGAGUGGAAUGGAGGAGUGUCCAUCCACGUUUUAAACACAGUCCUGUAUGGAUAUGUGAUCUUCCUCCUGGAUCUGUCGGUGACAUCGCGAAUGAGCACAAUGUGACGGUGCACUGGUCCGAAAAAUACAUUCAUAGAGACUGUGCGCUAUACACAGGUCGAACUGAGAGCUGGUGUCGUGACUCUGCCACUGAUCAGGAACUGUUCAGGAGUGAGCUCUCUGUGGAAAAGAGCUCUGUGCUGCAGUCUGAGCUACAAUCAUGCAAUCAGCUACAAGAACUGGAGCCGCUCAAUAAGUGGUGCUUGCUGACCAUCAUCCUACUGAUGAGGGCGCUAGACCCCCUCGGAUAUGAGAAGGAGACGCUCGCUCAUUUCCAAACUCUCAAAGAAGUGGAUUCAAUGCGCUCAGCCUAUUACAGUGACCUGUGCAGCAAAUUCAUGAUCGAAAACACCAUUUUGAAAAUGGAGUAUGCCGAAGUGCGCGUCUUCAGUGUAGCUGACAAGAACCUGACCACAUUGUGCCAUUUGGACCAGCUGCUCCUCGUGACCCAUAUCAACCUGUCCUCCAACCAGCUGCGGCGCAUUCCCGCUCACUUUGCCAUGUUGCAGUGCCUGGAGGUGUUGGAGGCGGAUGAGAACUCCAUAGAACACUUGGAAGGAGUCUACUGCCUUCCCAAACUGGAGGAGGUCCUCUUGAAGAAUAACAAAAUCUCCACAUUGGCAGCUCUGCAGCCCCUCACUUCCUGCCCCAAGUUGAGGCACCUGGAUCUUCGUGGAAACCCCGUUGCUCAGGUGGCCGGCGUGGAAUCGGAGCUGUCAGAGCUGCUGCCUGCCGUCACGUGUCUGCUGCUCUGAUGAGGGGAAGGAGUCGGGAGCCGCCACUCAAAACGCUGCCACCGCCGACACCGCCGGGCCGUUUGUGAAGGAGUGAGUGGAUGUUUUUCCAAGUGUGUUGUCACUUCCACUUGUUUGGUAGAAAUUCAAAACAGCCCCCACACGUCUGAAUGCCUCUGAAGGCGUAUAUCAAAACAACUUUAAUGAAAAGUCUAUUUGUUGUUUGUGUGCGUGCGUGUGCGUGCGUGCGUGCAUGAGUCAUCACCACUGUUACAUUUCUGAAAAUGUGCGUAUGAAUGAAGGACUCGUAAUACCUCCAAGUGCAUGCUGAAACCCUCCUCCUCAAUCAUGGAUCUAAUUGACUGUAUGUGGAUGCAUCUGUGUGUUUUAUAAGCUUUUAAAUUAGUUAAAGCAACAGUAAGGAAAUUGAAUGGAGCUGUUCAAAUUCUGCAUCCAGGUUGUGAUUGACAGUUAAUCCUUGGGUCAUGCUGAAGUUACUCAUCCAAAUGUUUUUAAAAUGCAGUUAUAGAUCUAUAACACAGACAAGGGGCAAAUUAUUGGGUUUUUUCCCACACUUCGUCCCCCUCCACAUUUGUGUCAGUGCUGCUUAUACAGAAAGUGAUGUAGGAAAAAAGGCAGGUAAAAUGUUCACUUUUGCAGGCAGUGUGAAAGGGGCUAAAUACAUGAAUUAAUGCAUUCAUUAAUAAAUGUGUUUCCUAUAUAAAUAGCACAGACGUCCCUUGCUACAUCACGGUUCGAACACUGCGCCCACACACGUUUUUCAGUAAUUAAUAAAUUAGCGUUGUUUCAUGGUUGAAUAAAGCUUAUUAUUAGUAAAAAAAAGAAAUGCAUUUUUAAGCAAAUUGUACUUGUUCUUGGCCUACAUUAAUAAUUUUCAAGCAUAAAAAUGGCUAAAUAAUCUAACUAAAUGAACUGAAAUACCAAUACAAAGCAGAAGAAGCUUUGUAAUUGUGAAUGGUAUUCUAAAUUAGCUACUGGGUAUCGGGGUUCGGUGAGACAAGGACCAGACUUGAGCGGGAAGUGGUGGUGACAAUGCAUACUCAUGCGCUAUACGUAAACACUACUUGACAAUGUGUAAAGUUGUUCAGGAGUGCGGUCAUUUUGUGCCGACACAGCGCGGCCAUGUGUUUACAUACCUCUGAAAUGUCUUGGGACGGUCCAUCACCGUUGUCUUUUGGGCGUUCAAUGUGUUUGUUACGUCGUGUAUCCCUCUUUGGCCACAGAACAAUGCAUUGCAUGAUCAUGUGCAAGAAUCGCGAGAUUUCGUCAUAGCGGUGUAUACAAACCGCACCCAUUUUGAAUGCCAACAUCGGCAGGACGCAAACCAAGGAAAAAAUUUAGCAAAAAUUUGGGAUGUUACCGGAAAAAUGCGCUAACCGGGGUGGACGUGAACUGGGGUACCACUGUACUAUACUGGGUAAUACAAAUGUAAAGGUGACUACACGGGUGUUAUUUCAUCUCUAGAGGGCUCUAAACCAUAUUUAGAAGAUUGUAAACAGGUUUUCUAUGCCAUAAUUACGAAAAUAUUACAUUUAUUCUAAUUGAAAUUCACUUAUUGCAGUUGACUCUGGACCCAAUUAUAAACCAACAACAAUAAACAAGGGACGGCUGAAUGUACAGUGUCUUACAAAAGUACCCUCACGUUUCAAGUAUUUUAUUAUAGCAUAUCAUUUGAAGCUACAGAACGUAUACUACAAUACUACAGAAAGUAAACUUGGAUAUACUUUAGAGUAGUCAGUGUUCAGCUAGGAUGGCAGAAAGGCUGCCCCAAACUAAACAGAUUUUUUUGCGGUAACUUUUAUGAAAUGUUCUUAUUGUUGCUUUAACAUGGGAAGCUUAUAACCGAUGAUCACGGUGUUGCCUAUCGUUGUCACACGUUUUCAAGUGGUGAUGCAAAACCAUUUAUUGUAUGUCCAAAAAAAAAAAAAG